UCAGGUAUCCCACCAUGGAUGGGCCAAAUAACUGUCCUUCACCAAAACUUCACACAAGACUCAGGCUGUGGGAGUUUGCAGACCGUUAUGUAUUUGAACCAGUUGAUGGUCUAGCUGACCUGUUGCUGUCAGUUAGCCGGGUUAAUGGAUCAAUGAAUCUAAUAGAAGAGUUGCCACAGCGUGGCCCCUCUACGAACCCAAAAGUUCAAAUAGUAUUUGGUGUGAUAGGAGUGCUCAAACUUGCAGUUGGGACAUAUCUUCUGGUGAUCACUGACCGUGAUUGUGUUGGAUCCUACUUGGGGCAUGCAGUUUUCAAAGUGAUAGGCCUAAGAGUUCUCCCAUGCAAUAGUUCCAUUAGUGCUUCUGCCGAGCAGAAAAAUGUGGACACAGAAUUUUCGGAACUCCUGGAUGCUGCAGAGAGGACAAUAGGCCUGUACUUCUCCUAUGAUUCCAAUUUGACAGUAACUUCACAGAGGCUACAUGAACUAGGUGAUGAAUUCAAGUCACUUCCACUUUGGAGACAGGCAGAACCAAGAUUUCUAUGGAAUGGCUAUUUGUUGGAGCCACUUAUUGAGAACAAAAUGCACCAAUACUUGUUACCUGUCAUCCAAGGAAGUUUUCAGAGUAUUCAUGCAGAAGUUAGGUCAGAAAAGGUAAAUGUAACUCUGAUUGCACGAAGGUGCACAAGGAGGAUAGGUACGCGGAUGUGGAGGCGAGGAGCUGAUCCAGAGGGUUAUGCUGCAAACUUUGUUGAAUCAGAGCAGAUAAUGCAAUCAAAUGGAUUUACAGCAUCCUAUGUACAGGUUCGAGGUUCUAUGCCUUUUCUUUGGGAGCAGAUUGUUGACCUGACAUAUAAACCCAGUUUUGAUGUUGUAAGAGUAGAAGAGGCGCCACGUGUACUUGAGCGGCACUUUCAUGAUUUACAAAAGAAAUAUGGAGCUGUUGUAGCUGUUGAUCUUGUCAACACACAUGGUGGUGAAGGCCGUCUCUAUGAAAGAUAUGCAAAGUCUAUUGAACCUAUACUCAGCGAAGAUAUAAGAUUCGUGCAUUUUGACUUCCAUAAAAUCUGUGGUCAUAUUCAUUUUGAGCGCCUUUCUCAGCUCUACGAUCAAAUUGAGGAUUAUCUCAAGAAGCACAAGUACUUCCUCUUGAGUGAUAAAGGUGAGAAAAUUGAGCAGCAAACCGGCACUACAAGAACAAAUUGCGUCGACUGUUUAGAUCGCACUAAUGUAACUCAGAGCAUGAUUGGGAGAAACCUUCUGGAAAGCCAGCUCCAACGAAUAGGGGUUUUUGGUGCUAAUGAUACAGUCAGUAACUUUCCAGAUUUUGAUGCAAAUUAUAAAGUUUUGUGGGCCAAUCAUGGAGAUGCAAUAAGCACUCAGUACUCUGGAACUCCGGCUUUGAAAGGAGAUUUUGUUCGGUAUGGGAAGCGAACUACUCAGGGAAUUUUAAAUGACCUAUGGAAUGCACUUGCUAGAUACUACCUGAACAACUUUGCAGAUGGUACAAAGCAGGAUGCCAUGGAUCUUCUUCAAGGACAUUACAUCUCCUCUGUUAGUAGGGACAUGGCCGCUCCAGUUAAAGAAGGACUUCUCGAGAAUUAUGCUUCAUUCGGCCUUGCUUUCGCGUUGAUUUUGGUAGCUGUUAUGUUCAUGAUCAUAUCACUGAGACAAGCACGGAAUGAUGCCCGCCACUUGGUGCUGUCACUUCUGUGGGCUGGUCUUUGCAUCGGCAUAUCGCAAUAUGUCAAAACCAAUGGCCGUAUGUUCUGCAAUCGACCACGUUUCCACCAGUCACGCCAUUGAUCGGUGCAGACAGAUCAUUUCUACAUCAUGGGAGCUUGACAACUUGCUGCAACACCAAUUUUGUGAAGAUUCUAUUCAUUUCAUUCUUUCCUAAAGAACUUGUAUUCCUCAAUUUUGUUUCUAUCCCUUAUAUAUUUUGCACAUUGUUGCUAUGCAAAUCGCCUCUAAACAUGUUGUAUCACCGACAUAUAUGUCGCUCAGCCCGUCAUGAUGAUGUCUUCCCAUA